GAUUGGGCGGCGGUACGGUGCUUUUGAUAAGUUUCACUGGGAUCUUCCUGUUCCCCGGAGUUGCCAAUGAGGACGGGCAGUCAGCAGUGCCUUGCAGGGACACGGGAAUCCCGGUGCUCGCUAUGGACAGCCUGGAGGACAAUGUAUCUGGAGUGAGUGAGUGGGAUCACCAGGACCAUCGGCUUUCAGUGCUUGAGCAGAGAGUCCAGCAGCAAGAAGACGAGAUUACACUGCUUAAAUCUGCACUCGCUGAUGCCCUCCGUCGCAUCUGCUUCUACGACCAGCACUUCUCACUGCUGGAAGCCAGCCACCCCGGAAAUCACAGUUUACAAAGUGCCUUCCCUACUGUGGGUCCAACUGGGCGGUCCAGUGCAACAAGGAGCCAGUCUUUGAGUUCAGCCUACGAUUUAUUGCGUCAUACUGGAGAUACUAGUACAAGUUGUAAACACACAAAGGAGAGGAAAGUCCAGGGGAUUGAGGCGUUAUACCAAGCGCGUGUACACCAACCCAGGGGUCAGGCUGCACUGGCAGUGCAUUCAGGGCCCCAGGACUCAGAAUCCACAGUCAGGCAUUCACUAGCCCCACAGUGCCUGUCCCACUGUGAACCUCAUCCCUACCUGAUCCAACCGCAUGCAUCAGUCCAACAACCUGCUGGAGACCACAAGCAACCGCUGUGCUGCCAGGAGAAUGCAAAGAGCCCAGGAUCCUGGCCUGCAGCCCAGGCCACUCAACUUCCAAACAAUGGUGAACGCAGCUGGCAGCUUUGUGAAGGUGGCACCCUCCCAAACCACUCAGGAGAGCCCGGAGGCCGAUCUCAGUUUGAGCCAAGUGCUCAGUGGCCUGCCAAGCUGUCCACGUGCCACCUGAAGGACGAGUCGAGGCUCCAAUCUGCAGAAACACAUUUGUGUACGCAAGGACAAGAUACAUUUCCAAGAGCGGAGACUAACACUGACCUGGAAACAGCCCUCGAGAAUGCCCAUCCUAUCUCCCUACUCCCAUCUCACAGUGCUGCCUCCCAGAAUAUCAUUCAGCAAUAUUCUCAGUGCCCACCCAAACCUCAAUCCAACAGGAGUCUAGACCAGCAGGAUAAGCAUUCAAGCCAGAGCCCAGCUGAGCAGGAUCUCUGUCCUGUGGCUGCUCUGGAUUUGUAUCGGAGCCAGCCUAUAGCAGAGACCCUUUCUCAAUCUCAGGCCAGUCCAGACGCAGCCCCUCUGGAUGCAUCUCUGAGCCAGCCAAGCAAUGAAGUCCAUGCUGUGGCCAUCAAUGCAGAUAUGUCUCACUGUCUACAACAGGAAGACUCAGCACCUCUCACAGCCAGACCUGAGUCUGCUCAGGAUGAACAAACAGCUGAAGGAUCUCCCUCAGUAGCCAGCCUCGAUGUCUCUCAGACUCCAUCUCAAACACAGUCUGAACUGGUGACCAAACUCCUGCCAUGCCUCCAGGAAAGUCAGGAUGAGCUGACUUCUCAACCUCCGGGCCCUCGCAGUGUCAGCCAAGCUGCCCAACAGAGUCCCAGGAACUGCAUCUCUUCAUCAUCACCUGUCAUGACCAACUCUGCCCUCAACAAGAAAGUUCUUUUAAGACGCUGCAGCACUUCAGAUAAACUCGGAGCGCUGCGAGACAGGGCCACAGAGAAUGGAAAACCCAAACUUGUGAGAAAAUCUGCUUCCUCGCUGAAUCUGAUGACAAAAUCCAGGAAUGUGGACAGCCGAACCAAGGAGCUGAUACAGAGUCCAGGUGCUGUUUCCCGGCGUGGAGUCUACAAUCAGGAGGGAAUAUCCAUAAAAAUGUUCCUCCGAGGGCGUCCAAUCACCAUGUACGUCCCAUCCAAACUCCAGAAUACUGAAGACCUCAAGGCUGAGCUGCCAGUGGAGAAACUGAAACUGGACUGGGUCUAUGGUUACAGAGGACGGGAUUCUCGCUACAACCUGCACUUGCUGUCUUCGGGUGAGAUUGUCUAUUUUAUUGCCUGCGUCGUGGUUUUGUUCAACAUCGAGGAGAGGGCACAGCGUCACUACCUCAAACACACCGACUGUGUACGCUGUUUGGCUGUCCACCCGGAUAAAGUGCGGAUCGCAUCGGGACAGGCAGCUGGAGUCGAUAAGGAUGGCAAGCUCCUGUUGCCUUGUGUCCACAUCUGGGACUCGGUGACUUUACAAACACUGCAACACAUUGGCCUAGGCAGCUUUGAGAGAGGAGUCGCUACACUCGCUUUCUCCAAGGCUGAUUCUGGUGCUUUUCUCUGUGUGGUUGAUGAUUCCACUGAGCACAUCAUGUCCAUCUGGGACUGUGCCAAGGGCACCAAGCAGGUGGAGAUUAAGACCACCAAUGAGGCUGUGUUUGAGGUUGAGUUUCACCCAGCAGACAGCUCAAGUGUGGUAACCUGUGGCAAGUCACAUGUCUACUUCUGGACUUGGACUGGCUCCUGUCUCACCAAGAAGCAGGGCAUUUUUGGGAAAUACAAGAAACCCAAAUUUAUUCAGUGUUUUGUGUUCCUGAGAAAUGGGGAUGUGCUGACUGGUGAUUCAGAAGGAAAUAUCCUCCUGUGGGGUAAAGCAGCUGCUGACAUCAAGACACUGGGCAAAGGAGCCAAAGAAACCUAUCAGAUUGCCAAGCAAACAAAGGCCCACGAGGGUAGUAUCUUCACCCUCUGCAUCAUGAGAGAUGGCACACUGCUCAGUGGAGGAGGGAAGGACCGCAAAAUCAUCCACUGGAACCUGAGCCUUACAACAGAUCGAGAGACUGAGAUCCCCGAGCGAUUUGGUGCUGUGCGUACUAUUGUGGAAGGACGAGGAGAUGAUCUCCUGAUUGGAACCACACGGAAUGCCAUCCUGAGGGGCAGUUUUACUGAGCCCUUUACUCCUAUCGUGCAGGGUCACACAGAUGAACUGUGGGGAUUAGCCACACACCCAUUCCGAGAUCUCUUCCUGACCUGUGCGCACGACAGGCAGGUGUGUCUGUGGGAUCAGGAGCAGCACAUGCUGGAGUGGAGUAAAACACUGGAGGAGACUGGACUGUGUGCUGAUUUCCACUGCAGUGGCGCAGUAGUGGCUGUUGGACUGCAGACAGGCAGGUGGGUGGUUCUGGAUUGUGAAACACAGGCUUUGGUUUCCAGUACUGUCGACGGGAAUGAGCAGCUCUCGGUGGUACGCUAUUCCCCAGAUGGUAAUUUCUUGGCAAUAGGAUCACAUGACAACUACAUUUACCUCUACACUGUCAGUGAGAAUGGUCGGAAGUAUAGCCGGUUUGGCAGGUGCAUGGGUCAUUCUAGCUUCAUCACUCACCUGGACUGGUCUCAAGACAGCCACUUCAUCAUGUCCAAUUCUGGAGACUACGAGAUCCUCUACUGGGACAUCGGGGCAGGAUGUAAAUUACUCAGGAAUCGUUACGAGUGCAAGGAUCUGGAGUGGGUCUCAUAUACCUGUGUCCUGGGAUUCCAUGUUUUUGGGGUCUGGCCAGAUGGUUCUGAUGGAACGGACAUCAAUGCACUGUGUCGCUCUCACAAUGAGCGCACCGUGGCUGUGGCUGAUGAUUUCUGCAAAGUUCAUCUCUUUCAGUAUCCAUGUGCCAAACCUAAGGCACCCAGCCAUGUGUAUGGUGGACACGGCAGUCAUGUGACUAAUGUCCGUUUCACACACAAUGACACCCACUUGAUUUCAACAGGGGGCAAGGACACGACUGUGAUGCAAUGGCAAGUGAUGAACAGCAGCCUCGAACGCAGCACUUCCAUCUCGUCCACCUCUGUUUCCUCGCUGGAAAUCCCUUCAGGAGGCAAUGCUUGAAAUGUUUAUUGGGCAGACACUCUCUCUGUGUUAUUUGCCCCUGCCCCUGCCCCUGCCCUUUCUGAAAGUCAAAGGUAAUCGGACUGACAGGUUCACACUAUAGAUACAAGUUGAGAUGAGGUGUUUCUUCAUGAGGGCCAUCCUGAGAUUAUGUAAAUACUGUGCACAUUUUUCUCAGUUGUCCCAUUCUUUACAUUCUCAUCUUGCCCCUAUUACUGAGCGAUGAUGGGAGUGGGGAUAACCUUGAUACUGGAUCUAAAUGUAAAAGAAUUUUAAAAAUUGACUUCUUUUGAAUAGAUAAGGUAGGUUGAAGUUUAGUGGGACUGUGAAUGUUCAAUUGUAGAAUUGCUGGUAAGUGUACAAGAACACCCUGCAGUAAAAUGGGAGACUUGGGAUUGUUGAGUCUUUAUUGAUGUAAGUACGAAUUGUAGAUUUAUUGUGCAGAAGUGGAAGAAGCUCAGUCUGAAGGCAGUGGAAUUAUAAAAUGAUGAGAAAAAGAAUUUGAUUGUGUGCAAGGUGGGUUUGAUGUAUAAACAAUAUUGCAGAGAAUGGGAAGGUGGCUUUUUUUGUAGAGUUGGGGAGGUAAGCCUAUGUCUUUGCAUUUCUUAUUGAACAACUCUUAUUAAUGUCACGUUAAGAAGCAGGGUUGAGCAUGAAGAUCACAGUGUCACAGUGAUGGACAGGAAGGUUGAUUCAAUGUUGCUCCUACAUGGAUGAGUGCAGGUCAGCGGUCAGUUGUCAGGGGCAGAGAUGAACUUUAGUAAGUAACCAUGCCAAUGACUCUGUAUUUGUUAAGUCAACAAAAUGGGGGGGAAAAUCAAUCUUUUGCAGAUUUUGUCCUUGUGAUAGUUUUCCUUUUAAAGUCUGUGAAGUAACUGGGCAAGUGGACAAGUAAGCAAGAAAGUUGCUGCUAGUCUUCUGCCACUCACUGGGUGCUAUAGUUAGGGCGAGGCGAGACCAGCCCAAUCCUCCCCAACUCACUGACUUUGCCAUGCAGGUCAUUGGCAGCUCUGUGGGGAGAUUCAUCUUUACAUUCCAACAGUCAGUGGCACUGCAACUCUACCUGAUAAUGUUCCUGCAUUUCGUUUUCAAAAGUGGUAGUUUUCAUUUGUCUUUUAUAAAUGUUGUCUUCUUGGGAAGACUUGAACUUUAUGGAAAUUAAAUAAUUGGAGCCAAAUAUUUUCACAAGGACCAAAGCACCUUACUCACAGACUAGAUGAUUGUAAACAGUUUUAAACUGUACAGAAAAUGUAUUUUUUUCUUUGAAAUAAAGCCCGAAUUUAACAAUCA